GAAAUCGGUAAAAAAAAGAAAAAAAAAAAAGAAAUAAAGAAAUAGAAGAGCUUAUUUUGAAGGGAGAGGAAGAGAGUCAAGUUGUACAGAUGGAUCUAGCCUGUGUGAAGAGUAAUCUUUGAUUGUCGUCUCCGUUUGACUUCUCUGUUUCGUUUCUGAUACCCUUGAGGCACUCCUUACGACAUUAUUGGUAUGGAGGAUGCAGGAAUUGCAGAAGCAAAGCCUCCCCAGGAUGUGAAAAUUGCUCAAGAGAUGCCUCCUCCAGAUUCCUCCUUAUCCUCUCAGGGUGAUUGUAAUUCUCAUAUUGAAGCUACAAUAAAUCCAGUUACUAAUGGAAAAGUGGAACCCAACAGUCAGUUGUCAGAAACUGUAGAUGAUGCAUCUGAUGGUCCAACUCUGGGACAAGAUCAGCUUCUUCCGGCAGACACUUCAGCUUCAACCUCAGCAGAUAAAGUCAAUAAAACAGAGACAGCCCAACAGGAUACAGAGUUGGCAAAUUCUAAGACUGGGGGGGUAGUAGAUUCUUCUCAUGAACAGCAAGCUCAAGAUGGUUCUUCUAUUGACAGUGCUCAUGUUCAUGUGGAUGAUGUGAUUAAGCCUUCUGCUUCCUCUCCUGAGAUAAAUGAAUCAGAAAAUGGUGCAGUGCCAUCUGAUGAGCAUUCCUCUCCUGAGAUAAGGGAAUUGAAAAAUGUGGAUCGUGUAGUGCCAUCCGAUGAUCUUCCACUGCCCCAUGCAAAGGUUACUGAGAUUGCUGUUGAGAAACCAGCAUCUAGUGAUCCUUCUGAUGUUAAACAGGUUGAUUUAAACAGAGGCCAUAUUGAUACCACAGCACCUUUUGAAUCGGUCAAAGAAGCUGUUUCCAAGUUUGGAGGGAUUGUUGAUUGGAAAGCCCAUAGAAUCCAAACUGUGGAGAGGCGCAAGCUUGUAGAACAAGAACUAGAGAAAGUACAGGAGGAGAUUCCCGAGUAUAAGAGACAGUCGGAGAUAGCUGAAGUGGCAAAAACGCAAGUGCUAAAGGAGCUGGACAGCUCUAAGAGACUCAUAGAAGAACUAAAACUCAACCUUGAAAGGGCACAGACAGAGGAGCAUCAGGCAAAACAAGACUCAGAACUUGCCAAGCUCAGGGUGGAAGAGAUUGAGCAAGGAAUUGCUGAUGAAGCUAGUGUUGCAGCCAAGGCACAGCUUGAGGUGGCUAAAGCCAGGCAUAUAGCUGCAGUUUCAGAGUUAAGAUCUGUUAAGGAGGAAUUAGAAGCGCUGCAUAAGGAAUAUGCUUCUUUGGUGACUGAAAAAGAUGUGGCUAUGAAGAAAGCUGAAGAAGCUGUUGCCGCAUCCAAGGAAGUUGAGAAGACAGUGGAAGAACUGACUAUUGAGCUGAUUGCCACAAAGGAGUCAUUAGAGUCUGCACAUGCUGCCCAUUUGGAAGCAGAGGAACAUAGAAUAGGAGCAGCCAUGGCCAGAGAGCAAGAUUCUCUCUAUUGGGAGAAGGAAUUGAAGCAGGCAGAAGAGGAGCUUCAGAGACUUGACCACCAAAUUCUAUCAGCGAAGGACCUCAAAUCAAAACUUGACACUGCCUCAGCCUUGCUACUUGAUUUGAAAGCUGAAUUAGCAGCUUAUAUGGAAUCAAAAUUAAAGCAGGAAACUGGUGAAGGAGGACACUCAAAUGGUGAGCUAGAGGAACCAGCAAAGAAAAAUCAUAAUGAUAUACAAGCAGCUGUUGCUUCUGCAAAGAAAGAACUUGAAGAAGUGAAACUCAACAUAGAGAAAGCCACUGCUGAAGUAAAUUACUUGAAGGUGGCUGCCACAUCAUUAAAGUCAGAGCUUGAAACAGAGAAAUCGGCUCUUGCCACCAUUAGGCAAAGGGAAGGAAUGGCAUCAGUAGCAGUCGCAUCUCUUGAAGCAGAACUAGACAGGACGAGAUCUGAAAUAGCUCUAGUUCAGAUGAAGGAGAAAGAAGCUAGAGAAACAAUGGUAGAGCUGCCCAAACAAUUACAGAAAGCAGCACAAGAGGCUGAUCAGGCCAAGUCACUUGCUCAAGCGGCUCGUGAAGAGCUGCGGAAGGCAAAGGAAGAAGCUGAGCAAGCCAAGGCUGGAGCAAGUACCGUGGAGAGUAGAUUACUCGCAGCUCAAAAGGAGAUAGAAGCUGCCAAGGCAUCAGAGAAGUUGGCAAUAGCGGCAAUAAAAGCUUUGCAAGAGAGUGAAUCAGCUAGAAACACCAAUGAUGUGGAUUCACCUACUGGUGUAACGCUUUCUCUAGAGGAGUACUACGAGCUCAGCAAACGUGCUCAUGAGGCAGAGGAGCAGGCCAACAUGAGGGUGGCAACUGCAAUUUCCCAAAUUGAGGUAGCUAAGGAGUCUGAGUCAUUAAGCUUAGAAAAGUUGGAAGCAGUGAAUAGGGAGAUGGCUGCUAGAAAGGAAGCGCUGAAAUUGGCAAUGGAUAAGGCUGAGAGGGCCAAGGAAGGGAAGUUGGGUGUAGAACAGGAGUUGAGAAAAUGGAGGGCCGAACAUGAACAACGACGGAAGGCUGGUGAAUCUGCUCAUGGAGUAGUGAAUCCCAUUAAAAGCCCAACAGCAAGUUUUGAGGGAAAGACAGAAUCAAUGAACUUUAACAGGGCACCCGACGCCGCUGUUCCUGCUCGUUAUGUGUCAAGCCCACUGGCAAAUGUGUAUGGGAAUAGCACUGAGAGCGAGUUAUCCAUAGAAGGGAAGGUUGUUGGAAAGAAAAAGAAGAGACCAUUCUUGCCACGGAUUCUCAUGUUUUUGGCCAAAAGAAGGUCAAAUACAACCAAGUCAACGUAAACUCGUCGUGAAACCAGUAUGUGUUGUCUUUGCUGCUACGGCCUACCUCUUUCUGUUGGGUGGUUUUUCUCAGAGUGACCCGAGUGUUGCAGUUGAUCUCACAUGAAGUUACUCGAAUGUACAUGUUGGAACCCAUCAAGGUAAAAGGAUAAAAGAAGAAUGUUUACAUGUUGGUGAUUGUUUUCUGUAUGAUAAAGUCAAUUGGAUUAGUAAAUACUUAUUCGCCGAAAGGUUUGGAGGUUGUAAUAAGCUUCUUGUUGGUGCUUGGUUGGGGAAAGACAUAAUAAGAUGGUUCUGUAUUAUAUGGAAAAUCAAAUCUUGUAAAUGUGUGAGAAAUAAUCCGCGACUGUUUUGUGAGCUACCCUUGUGAGUAUAAUUUUUGUUUUGAGAAUUAAAACUGUAAUUUUCUCAUUUAAGUUACAUAUAUACAAUGUGGAUUGAAACAUAAUUAAUUGAUA